CCCCCCAGUAAGUUUCGACACAACAUUGAUAACUGGCAGCAGGGAUUUCAAGUCUUUCUUACUUCACUGGAAGGAACAGCAACCUGUACAGUGCAGUAGCUUGUUUUCUUACCAUUACCAAUGAGAUAAUAUGAUUCAUCCUUAUUCUCUCUAUGGAAACACAGACACACAUGGAAAUGGCACACGGAAAGACCCACAAGGAGAAAACCAAAGAGCUGGUGGAGGAGUUUACGGAGGACCAAUUCCUCAAAGAUCUCUACCUUUUCAUGAAGAAGAGAGAUACGCCGAUAGAGAGGAUCCCACAUCUGGGCUUCAAACAAAUUGAUUUAUUUGUGAUGUUCAAGACCGUCAGAGAUUUGGGUGGAUACCACCAGGUCACUGCUCAGCAGCUGUGGAAGCAAGUUUAUAACAGGCUUGGAGGAAAUCCUCGAAGCACAAGUGCAGCCACCUGCACCCGUAGACACUACGAGAAGCUGCUUCUGCCAUAUGAAUGCCACCUUAAAGGCAUAUUACCAAACACCUUGCCUCCACAUCACCCAAAGCACUUCCAGUUUGCCAACUACAACAAAGAUGACGAUGAUGGUCAGAGACCGGCCAAACGCAAACUGCUGUCAAUACCAGUGCACCAGAGCCCUCAUAACCUCCAGUCAGAUCCACAUGGGAACAUCUUCCCUCUGCAGCUCCACUUCCCUCACUACUAUCACCCUAGCCACCCAGUUCUGCCCACAUAUGUCCCCAUCUCCUCCUCCCUGUUGACAUCACAUAGCCCCCCUGCCCCCGAGCCCCAGUUUGCUGUCCACCCAUCUCAUCCGAACCCAAUGCACAGGGUUAAGGAGCCACUGGAGCACUUGCGCCACCUGGCAGAACAGUACAAGACCUCAACUGGGUUGACAGAGCCCCUGAACCUCAGCGUCAAAGCAUCAAGCCUGGAGACCAACAGAAGCCCUGCCUCAUCUUUCGCCCCACCUCCACCCAGCAAGAACCCAAAGUUUUUGAAUAAACCCUCCCCUCUGUACUCUCCUCAUUGCCAACAGGUGGUGAGAGAUGGAGAAUGUGAGACACAGGAUGAUGAGGUCACACCGUAUUCAUAUCCUAUGAAAGAGAGGGAGACAUAUGUCAUUGAUGUCAAAGCCAUAACAGCAUCAAGCAGCCCCACACAUGACUCUGCUCUGAGAACAGAUGAAGGCGCCACAGUGAACGCACAAAAACCUAGCUCUCCAAAAACAGACUUUACAACUCAUCCAAGAGGGGAUAGGGAGGGCAGUCCAGAAGUAAGGGGGUUCGAUUUGAGUCCUAUUCUGCCUAGUCUGUCUCAAGACAAUGGAGGCAAGAUGGAAAUUAAGAUACCGCUGUCUGUGUUUCACAGCUGGCUCAAGCUAUAUGGGCCCUCGGCUAAGCAGCUACAUAAUCUUCCUACUCAGGAGAAACACUCUGGACAAAGGGAGUCAUUUCACAUGACUCCCCAAAACUGGAGCCCAGCUGCUGAGGAUCUAAGGCUGAGGGAGAGGGAUGUGCCAAACGCCACACCAACCAUCCAGACAACUGGUAAUCACCACCGAACAAGCCGAAAUCAUUUCACCAGCUACAAGCCCUUGCCUUCAGGUGCCAUUCUGAGAAACGCAUCCAGCCAGGAUGUGUAUCCAGUUGAUGAGCAGGAUAUUAUUAAGUCGUACAGCCCCAAACACCUAAAUUGCUGGGAUGCCUAUGACAAAGACACCCACAUCCAAGUGAAAACUGACUCUAGCCCCCUCACAGUUCUGCAAGACUUUACAGCCUCUAAAUCCUACAAUGAAGACACACCCAAGCCGGGGAAGGAGAGGUCAGAGACGGAGCCGUCAGCUGUGCUAAUGGUGAAUUCUGGAUCCACUUCUCUGUUGCACCUUACCACUGAAGAGGUGAUGAAGCUGAAGAAAAUCAUCUCAAGUUCAUCAUGAAGAUCAGUUCAGAUAUUUGCACUCUCACUCCAACACCAUGUUAAAGCUAUCUCAUAUUACACUGCUUUUUCAUAUAUCACAUCUUCCUGUUCAAUCAAAAUUAGAUAUCUUUGAAUUUAUAAAAAAUAUAAAUAAUAAUAAUAAUAAUUCACCAGGAGCUGAGCUUGAUUUAAAGACAACGUGCACUGUUGACCUUUUGAAGUGUUUUUUUUUAUACAAAAAUGUCUUAUUUGCAUUUAAUGCAUUUUAAACUUUUUAUCCUAAUUAUAAUGUAAAUCAAAAUAAAUUCACAUAAAUAAAAGUAAAUGUUUCAUUUGUUGA